AUGACUGAAGCAGUUGAAACCAAAAGGCCGCAAGACGCCCAGUUCGAAGUACCAGAAGCCAAAAAACAACAUGUCGAAGAAAAACACGAUCAUUUUGCCAAAGGUAUGGCUCCAAUAAAGCCCGAAUUCAUCGUAUCAGUAGAUGUAAGCAAGUCUGCGUCUUAUAACGACGAUGAAGCAGAAACUGGAGAAAGAAAUAACGAUGAUCAUAAAUCCAAGAGAAAGAAUAAGAAGAAGGGCCAAAACAAAAACCGUGAAGUUAAACAAAAUAAAGAAGAAAUCAGAUUAUGCCCAGUAUUGAUUGAUCCGGAAGAUUCAAAUGAAUGUACUAAGGAAAAAUGUCGUAACACUCAUAAUAUCGAAGAGUAUCUUGCUCAAAAACCUGAAGAUAAUGAAGGAACUUGUCCAGUUUUCGAAGCCAUUGGUUAUUGUCCAUCUGGAUUAAAAUGUAGAUGGUUAAAAUCUCAUUAUAAUCAUGAAACCAAAAAAUUAAUUAAAGAUUUAGAUUUAAUGACAAAAUCAAAAGAAUCAAAUUAUGAAGUCAAUAAAUUAAAACAAGAACUGAGAUUUGCAUUACAAAGAAAUAGAUAUGAAUUAGGAGUAUCAAAAGAAAUUAUCAAAGAACUCGAUAUUCAAAAAAAUAUUACUGCUUCUCAAAACGGUGCAUCAAUGGGGGAAAUUGAUUCAAGCUCAACUCAAGAUGAAACAAAAGAAAAAAUGGCUUCUUAUAUUGAACAACCUUUUAAAAUUUCUGAAAAGAAGAAAUUGGAUUUAAGAGGGGCUAAAAUUGUCUCUCCCUUAACAACAGUUGGUAAUUUACCUUAUCGUCGUCUUAUGAAGACUUUAGGUGCUGAUGUUACUUACUGUGAAAUGGCUUUAGCCACUCCUCUUAUGCAAGGUACUAACGCUGAAUGGGCUUUACCAAAAGCUCAUGUUUCUGAAUAUCCUGGUUUUGGUAUUCAAAUUGCAACUAAUCAAUACUCUGCAAGUGCAAAAGUUGCAGAAAUUAUUUCAAGAGAAACAACUCAUGUUUCUGAACUUAAUUUAAAUUCUGGUUGUCCAAUUGAUCUUUUGUAUAAACAAGGUCAAGGUUCAGCUUUAAUGGAUCAACCAACUAAAUUAGUUAGAAUCUUGAAAAGUAUGAAUGCUUCUUCUGGUGAUAUUCCAGUUACUUUAAAAAUAAGAACUGGUACUCGUGAUAAUAAAAAUACCGCUAAAGCUUUAGUAGAAAGAGUUUUAUCUGAAGGUGAUACUGCAGCAAUUACUUUACAUGGUCGUUCAAGACAACAACGUUAUACUAAACAAGCUAAUUGGGAUUAUAUUGGUGAAGUUGGUAAAGUUGUUCAAGAUUGGAAUAAUAAAAAGGAGGAUGAUAAAGAACGUAGCGAUAUCCAAAGAACUAAUUUUAUUGGUAAUGGUGAUGUUUACAAUUUUGAAGAUUGGCAUAAUGCAGUCAAUACUGAUGGAAUUGACUCAGUUAUGGUUGCAAGAGGUGCUUUAAUUAAACCCUGGAUUUUUGAAGAAGUUGAAAGUCAACAAUAUUUAGAUAAGUCUUCUAAAGAAAGAUUAGAAAUUUUGAGAAAUUAUUCUAAUUUCGCUUUAGAACAUUGGGGUUCUGAUGAAUAUGGGGUUGCAUUAGCUAGAAGAUUUUUAUGUGAAUUUAUGAGUUUUACUCACAGAUAUAUCCCGGUUGGUAUCUUAGAGAAAUUACCAGCAAAAUUAAAUCAAAGACCUCCUCAAUGGAAAGGUAGAGAUGAUUUAGAAACUUUAUUAGGUUCUGAUAAUUAUAAAGAUUGGAUUAAAAUUAGUGAAAUGUUCUUAGGUAAAGCUGGUGAUAACUUCCAAUUCAUUCCUAAACAUAAAAGUAAUUCUUAUGAAUAA